AUGAUAGCACAGUUGUGGGGCUGCCACUUUUGGAAGACUAUGCUCUCCCACUUCCCGCUUCAGUCCUCUAAUGAUCUGGGUUUCAUACUUUCUGAGAUGCCGCAGCUCCGACUUGCACCUCCGACUCCACCUCCCAGCUUCCUGAGGAGGGUGGAUAGAUCAGACGCCGACUUGGAGAGCUUCAUCACCGGCCUCGCUUGCGUCGAGAACUCUUGGGUUGAUGCAAGGGAUUUGUCGCACAGGUACCGCGAUCUUGUCCUGAUUUUGGGAUGCUGCAUGAGCCCUUAUCGGCAUAGCUUUUGGGAUUUCAUAGUUCUCCGAAUAAUAAUAGGUUUUAUCUUAUCUAGUCCAGUUUCCUUUCUUUCAAAUCACAGCUGA